GAUAUAUCCUUUGAACAACUGAUGAAACUGACAAAAGGGUUUGUAGAUAUUCUGAUUCUGGCAUCUGGGUAUCAGUCAUCUGGUCUUCCCGCUCACUGGGAUGCUGAUAACAUCAGCCGAGCUUUCCACUGGGCUCUCUUCUUUGAAAAUGUGGUUACACGUUUAUGCAAGGAGGAUAUUUACCAAGACUCAGUGGAGGAACUUGAUGCAGCUCUUUUUGAAAUGACAUCUGAUCCUUCCUUCCCUCAGGGUCUUGCACAUCUGUCAUCUGCUACCCUUGGAAGGGCAAGAGGCUUUAUAUUAGAACACUUUAUUCAAAAUUUACCAUUGAGGGAAACACAUCUCAGAGCUGUUUUGACAGCAGCAAUUGAGAUGGAUCUUAGUGACCUUUCAGAAACACGGCAUGACAACCUCAGUGCAUAUCUGAAUAAGUUGACAUUGCAAAAUACAUCACUUAAACAGGUUCAACAUAGAAGCAGUGGCAUGAAGGAUUCAGUUAUCUCAUAUCAAGAUCAACCUCCAACUAAUGAAAAUGAAAAAUGCAGCAGUGAUGACUUUACCCCACUUGCUAUUCAGGAGCUCAUCAGGAGGCAGCAUGCAAUGUCAUGCAUAUCAACAGCCGAGGCAGUCUUGGAUAAGGUUUCUAAUGCUGCAAAUUGUAGCAUUUGUAAAUCUGACUAUGUCUUAUUAGGAGAACAGCUGAAGCAUGACAACCAGCUGGCUUUCAUGGGGUAUAUACUAGAUUUACCUAAUUCAUUGGAAUUUGGAAGUACAUAAUAUUUAACAAAUGAUUUUCCUGCUAGGAAUCACCAUUACAGUGUUUUCUGUCCCCUUUUUUUUUUUUAUUUUAGUAAAAGUUUUUGCUUGCUACAUAUUAAACUACAUAUAGAAGUUAAUGUCUUCCUGCAAAUGCACUAAAAUUGCAUUUUACUU